GUACGCCAUAUUUGUUUACCUUUUAAGACGUAAGAAAAAAUAGACGAUACAUUCUCGAUAAUUCAUAAGGUUACUAAAUUCUUAAUUAUGAUUAUUUUCAAAUGUAAUUUGUCUUAUUAAGUAAGUAAACACUCUAUGGUGUUAAUCAAUGGUAAAUUACCAUGAAUUCCAUUAAAGUAUUAACCGGGGAUGAAAUAGUCACUCGAGGAAUAACUAAAGUGGUUUCGAAGUUACCAGAACGUGGCAGUAAAGAUGUUCGACCUAGUGGUACCUUGCUGGAGCAAAAACAAAUUGAAUCGGCUUUGGAAGCAAGAAAAAGUUUCAUUUCUGUUGAACGUAUAGAAAAACGAGGAAAUUUAAGUCGGGCAGAGUGGAAGAAUGAACUUAUGUUAGCUGAGGUAAUACAUAAAGUUGGAGGCCACUGGCAAUAUCUGGGACAUUAUGUUGAAAAAAAACUUUAUCUUGAACCUGAGGAAAUACUAUAUUUAAUGGAAUCGAACUGUUUGCAGCUUACAUACAAUGGUGUUACAGUCUCACUCCAACAAGCAUACACUUUAUUAAUGAAAGGAAAGAUAUCUCUGUUGCAAUAUAAAGUUUAUGCUUCUCUCAGUCGAUUGGGAUUUAAAAUUAUUAGGCAUAAAAUUCCAGAAAAAAAUUUAUCUUCUACAGAAAAUAAAAUUCUUGUAAGUGAUGAACAAAUUAUAAACAAAGAAUUAUGCAGCACCAGUCAAAUGGCAAUAAAUGAAAAUUCUACAAAUAAUGAUUCAGAAAUAGUUAAUGACACUCACAAUCAAGUUGAAACUUCAGCUAGUAUAUCAUUGCCUACUGAAGACUUGAAUCAAAGUCAUAGAAACAAGCUAUCUAAGCUAAGAAGCAGAGAGUUAAAACCAUGUAAUAAUGAAGUAUUACAUAAAUACUUUGAAAAUACCAUAGACAUUCUGGAUAAAGAGAUUGUAACACUUAGAGCUCCUGAUGUUAAAUUAAUCCCAAAAAAUAUAGUACCAAGAGAAACUUUCGUACUUAAUCUUCAUACUAUUGUGAAAAAAUGCACAAGAUCAAGAUUCACUUAUAGUUCUAGUGAAGAAGCAACUGGAAGUAACAUAGAAUGCCUCAGAAACACUAGUUUCUCAAGUAGCAGUAGAUCUAAUUCAAGGCGAGCUCACAGAUCACAAUUUGCCGCAUGUGUACAAAAUACAUGUUGCCAAGAACGCAUUUUUAGAGGAUCUACUUCAGUUACAAAUUUAGCUCAUCACUCUGUGUUUCAAAGACUAUUUCUUCCUGGUAUUUAUUUUAAUUCGCAUUUCUCUAACGACGGGGGAAAUCAAUAUAGCUCUGGUUCAUGUUGUGGCUCAUCAAAUUAUCCCUCGACAAGUACACUAGGUCAAAGAAGAGAAAGCAACCAAGAGAAUAUCCUUAAUAAAAUAAGCCAAGAUGCCUUAAAAAUGCAAUUAUUUUCAGAAAGAGGUAUUUGUGUUGACCAAGGAAAUAUACAAGCAUUUAAGAGGCUCUUGGACAGAAAUAAUUUAAGAAACAAUACCAAUUUAAAUAUGAAUUUUAAUCAAGGUCUUGUUGAUACUGGAGGUGUUGAAACUAUUAAUUUAGAUGAUGAUGUUCAACCAGAGCGCAAAAAACCAAAGUUGGACAAUAAAGUAUUGGAGGAAAAUAUAACAACACUAAAACAACUAGUAAGUGAAUUAAAAAGUCUUGAAGAAAAUCGUAAAGCAACAUCCAAGCAUAGAAGAGCAUUUUCUAAACUUCUCAAAACAAUUAAUAAGUAUCAUGAUGUCAAUUAUUUUCUGACUCCUACUUAUGAACUACACAACUAUGCUCGUAUAAAUCUUGAUUCCUCAUCAGAUUCGGACAGCAAAAUUAAUGAAGAUAUUAAUAAUGUAAUAUAUAAAAAGGGACCUAAUAAGGCUAUGAAAAGAAAGUUGAAAAAUCCCUUUAAUAUACUGAAACGUUUAUCAGAAAAAGAUUCACAUUCUGGACAUAGUUCAGAGGACCAAGACACAAUCAUUCUUGAAGAAAGGAAAAGUUAUUCUGAGUUGCUUAAAGAUGGCUUUCCUGAGCAUUGGCUUCCUAAAAAAACGGACUUUGGUAGACCAGAAAUAAUUAAAAUUGUCCAUGAAGAUCCACUGUUUGACUACCGCAGAACACAACUUUUAUUUGAUUGUGCAAACAUAAAACCUAUGUGUAAAAAUUGGGUUGAUUUGAAAGUAGCCUUUCUAGAAAGCUUUGAUGAGACAAUAUCAGAAAUUCACAAGGAUAUGUCUUCUGUUAGAGUUAAAAUGGACAAUGAAAGCCUGGUGAAACCAGAGGAUUGUACGAGUAUGCAAAAUGUGCUGCAGAAGUUGAGAAUAAUUUCAAACAAUUAUAAAGUAGAGAACAGUGGUACUUUGAAAAUAGAUUUUGAUGUAUACAAUAAAGAUGUUCAAAAUUUCAGGAAAUCUGGUUUACCCACACCACAUUUCAGGAUCAUUUGUAUGACCGAGUCUUCAAACCUACCAACUGCUUCGGAAAUCGCUGCUUUGCACUCUCGAUACGAUGACAAGGUGCCCAUAAGGUUUGCAAUAGUCAACGGUAACUCUGUAUCAUUUCUUACAGUAAAUCCCGUGGAAAUACCUGUAUAUAUUCCUGAAGCGAAGUAAUUUUUGUUUGGCGAAACAGGAAGACUUGAAUGUAUGAAUGAAUAUGUACUCCACAUUUUAUUAGCAUAUCUACAUAUGCAAUCUAUCAAAGUAUACAAGAACAGUUCAUACAAGUUGUACUAAAUACAUUAGCAUAAGUAUUUUUUAGAUAAAAUCGUCGAUAAUAUAUCAUAUCCAAAGUGUAACAAUUCAGAAAAGGGUGUCAAAAAAAAACACUUGCGUCUCGGGGCGCCAGAUAGAAGUAAUAACUUAAUAUUGAAAUCGUUGGACUAGAGAAAAAUGUUAGGUUAUUAUAUAAAUAUUAUUUUAUUUGAUUAACGCGAGUGUUACACAUUUAAAUAAAACACUUUUAAAGGAUUAAAACGCGUGUAUUUGUAACGGUUUUACAUUAGAUGUUUGUGUAAAGGUUACAUUUCUAUUUUAGUUAACCCGAUGUUUCAAGACCAUUCCGUCAUCUGAUCACAAACAUCUAAUGUAAAACCGUUACAAUUACACGCGCUUUAAUCCUUUAAGUGUUUUAUUUAAAUCUAUAUUAAUAUUUUAAUUAAAUAUUUUAUUGAUUAUAAAAUAUAUUUGAUUCUCAGUUACAAUUCUUGAACAUGUACAUUAUUAGUAUCAAUAUUUAAUCAUAUAAAAGUAACAAUUGGUUAGAGUGAGAGAGGAGGAGCCUGCCUAUCGCUGCCGUAUGCGUGAGAGAAAAGGAAGCCAGGCAGACUGGCUUCGUAACGCGUUACGUUACGAAGCGUUUUACCCUCCCAUAAGAAGUUAUCACUUCAACGUCUCGUAUUUUUAAUGUUAAAAACGAAAAUAUGCUAGACUUAUGAAGGUUAUUACUCGUAUAUUGGAAGUAACAACUAAACAGUAUUUACUUUUCGACUUGUUUCUCUGUGGUAAAGGUGGUUUAUCGUUUAUGGAACUAUACAAAUGAUUAAAGUUUUCUUUAGUGUUAAUUCCGCCAAUAUUUGUUUUUAAAGCAAUUCGACACGUGUUGCAACUCUACACGAGGCAUCCUCAGGACGUGUUGUCUCGCCAAAAUCUGGCACGAGACUGUGUAUAAUUAUGGAUUUCCGCAAAGUAAUGCCUAAUUCAAUAAAAAGUUUAUGGAACUAUUUUCCAUACUUAUAUCGAAAUUGUUACAGUUUGGAUCUGAGUUAUCGACGUGGUUGCUAGAUAAAAUACUUUUUAAACGAUUAAAACGCGUUCAAAAAGUAUUUUAUUUAAUUCAAUGUGUAACACUCAUUAAUCAAAUAAAAUAGUAUACAGUGUUUUUUCUAACAGAGACAGUAUGAGGAAAUCCUUAUCCAGAAGACAUACAGAAAAAGUGUCUGGGGAAGCAUUUGCUCUCAAUCUUGACCAUAUCAUCGGUCCAUCUUGUGGGGGGCCUCCCAACACUACGUCUUCCGGUACGUGGUCGCAUUCGAGGACUUUACUGCCUUAACAACCAUGUGUCCGUCGAACUUUGUACCUUACCCACUGCUACUUCAGAUUCGCAAUCAUUUCAAAUCAUGUCAAAAACCAUUGACAAAUAUCAAUGACUUUUAUUCAGUACUGUACAUUUCAUAAUUUUCAAAAAUAAAUCCAAAUCUUCAACCACUUGAGAUACGUCAGCUAACUUCAGAUAUGAUAUGGUUAAUGAAAAGAAUCAAUCUUAGCAAUCUAUAGUUAACAGUGGCUAUCACAAUAGAUCACAUUGGUCGCAGUCAAACAGGGCUGCCCUCUGUCUUAAAGCCACUUUACAAAUCAUAACAAUACCAUGCCUUUAUUGCUGGAUUCCCAUUAGUGAUAUUCAUUACACGCACGCUGUGUUUGUCUAUACAUUAGUAUAUUGUAAGUCUAUGAUAGAAGCGAACUGAUGUUGGUUAAAUUGUUGACAGUAACAUAAAUUGCAGGGGUAUUAGACGGUUUUUUUUUAUUGUAACCUAAAUCUUUCUUAUUUUUUUUGUUGCUUACUUUUGUUCAGAAGCAAUUUUAGCAGCAAAGUGGGAGGCUCAUUUGCACAGGAUGCCGGCUAGAUUAUGGGUAACACAACGGCGCCUAUUUCUGCCGUGAAUCAGUAAUGUGUAAGCAUUACUGUGUUUCGGUCCGAACUGCGCGGUCGCUACUAAAAUUACUGGGCAAAUGAAACUUGACAAUUUGUCUCAAGGUGACAAGUGCAGUUGUAGUACCGCUCAGAAUUUUUGGGUUAUUGGGUUAUUAUUACCAUCAGCUGAACGUUCUGCUCGUCUCGUCACUCAUUUUCAGAAAAAAAAGCAGUCAACAAUUUAAUUACCUUGCUUGAUAAUAUAUUUAUCUACACCCAUGCUUUAAAUCCUCUAUUAAAGAUUCUGAAACAGUUAGCUUAUUGCCAACAUUACAUCACCCAAACGAGUGUUGUAAUGUUGUACUGAAUUUCAUAAAAACACUCCUAUGUUUUUUUUUCGAUCCCUUCAUGUGCAAAGAGUUUCAACAGACAGCCACAUUCUUAUUGCUCGAUGCGUGGUAUCUGUAUGAAUUUCAAAAAAAGAACAAUUUUAGUUUACGCGCGUUCCACACAACCAGAGUGUCGCGCGCCGUAAAAAACAAGUUAGGUUAUUCGAAUCCCCGCCAUUCUUCUUGUUUUGUUUACAAAAAAAUAGCGAUUCAUUUUAAACGCUGCAAAAUUACAUUAUAUUCGAGUGAAUUUUAUUUAUUGAACUAUACAAAAUGUUAUUACUACUAAAAUAAAUAAUUGUUUCAUUAAUACUUAGUUUAUUUGUAUAUAAUUAGUAAUGGAUGAUAUUAGGUUACUACUAGGACUGGUGUUUUAAUGUUAGCAGUAAGCUAACUGUUUCAGAAUAUUUUAGAGGAUUCAUAUUCUGGGUGUAGAUAAAGUCUUGUAUGCAACUGUUGAUAAUUAGGUAUUAAAACACUCAUGUGAUACUAUUAUAAACCCACAUUCGUGUUUUAAUACCCCUUAUUACACAACAGUUGCAUAAAUAACUAUUAUCAACAACAAUUUUUUUAGUCUUAAGAUUUCUUAAUAAUAUUGUUAAUUUAUGUUGUUGUAAAGCUUUACUUACAAGUAAUUUGUAUCUUAUUUUAAUAAUAAUUAACAAUAAGAUUUUUUCAGAAAAGUUACACUGUACAUAUACAUGUAUAUAAGUCACUAUACAGGUGUAUAAAUAAUUAAACAGAAAGAUAUUGACAAAUAACUAACGAUGAAUAUUUAACCUGUUAUAGUUAAGGUUUAAGUCAAAUUAAACGUUAACAGUAACGCUGACUUUAACAUUAACUACGGAAUGUGUUGCACCGUCGCAUUCCUAGACAUUGUUAAAAUCAAAAAGUGAAAUAUCAAGUCAAUAUCGAAUAUUUAUUAGAAAAUUUUGACAGGUCGCUAACUCCUAAUAAAAGUUGUGAUUAUACCUUAUGGAAAAAUAUUAACUGUUCUAUUCCAAAAAUAUUAAAUCGGCUAUUUCAUACUUGAAAUAUUUAGCUGUGUACACGUUAAUAGCUUUUGUCGGCGAUGAUUGAACGGUUACGGUUCUGUUAACCGUCACCUUAAAGUUAUGAUGUCAUCUAAAAUUGUCAACCAAACAUGUUUGUUAUUGCUAAACUUUUAAACAACUUAGAAAAUUGCAACUCUAAGUUAGCACUUAAUUGUAACAUAAUAAUUACACUAUUACCUACCUUUGAAUUAGCGCACGCAGCAAGCAAGAAAUUUUAAGCAAGAAACUAUAGCUACAGUAUGUAAUUAUAUUAUAUAAUAAAAUCAUUAAUAAUUAUCGUUGUUUUGCCUAUUAAAGGUAUAUUCUUUAAUGUAUCUAGAUAUAAUAAGAUAUAUUAUAACCUAUUGUUAGUCUUUUAAAAGUUUUCUGUUUAUGUCACAUUCAAUAAAGUAUAUUCUUUAAUGUAUCUAGAUAUAAUAAGAUAUAUUAUAACCUAUUGUUAGUCUUUUAAAAGUUUUCUGUUUA